AUGGCUCUGGCUACCUGUCAGCCUGGCAGCCACCAAACCGUCUUGCCGACCGAGCCGCCGACUGCGAUCGAACUACCACCCAGCCCCAUCGUCACAAUCCUCACCUCCGGCGGCAAGAUCCUGUUCUAUCACUGCAUCAAUACUGAACAUGUCAUGGAUGCAGAGGGCGCUACCAAGGCGGAUGCGCGCUUUGCGCUGACGGACAGCGGGUAUAGCUUCAUGACUGUUGCACAGUGUCUGCACUUGCCUCAAGAGCGUGGUGUUCCUCUGGGGCGCAAGAAGAAAGGGGCCGCACAGGCCAAGUCGGCGACGGCUGGCUCCACUGCCGCGCUGGAAGCCAAGGCAACUACUCCCGCAUCCAGCCUUUCUUUGGGCUCUACCGCCCCAUCAGGAGCUGCAGCUGGUGGCGUUGGUGCUGAUGCUUCACCGACGACAAUGACGGCCAAGCCUGGUAGCUUUGGUUCCCCAACUUCUUCUACCUUUGGAGCGACGGCGGCCAAGCCCCCUAAUUUUGGUGCCCCGAUCCCUUCUACAUUUGGGGCUUCACCCUCAUCAACAACGACGGCGACGGCCAAGCCCAAUGAGACUGGGGCCACAGCUUGUGCACCCUUCGGAUCGCCCAUGUCAUCACCUGCAGCAGUCACCACAGCGUCAACCACCAAGACCAAUGAGGCUGGAACUUUGGAUUUCCAUGGCUUCGGAUCCUUCGUAUCAUCACCAGCAGCAGCCACCACAACGUCAACCACCAAGACCAAUGAGGCUGGAACCUUUAGUUCCCGUGGCUUUGGAACCUUCGUAUCUCCACCAGCAUCAGCCACCACAAUGUCAACCACUGAGACCAAUGAGACUGGGGCCACAGCUAGUUCACCCUUUGUAUCCCCCGUAUCAUCAGCAGCAACCACGGCCACGACGACGGCCAAGCCCACUGGAUCUGGAACAAUAGCUUGUGCAUCCUUCGGAUCCCCCGUGUCUUCACCAGCAGCAACCACCACAACGUCAAUCACCAAGACCAAUGAGACUGGAACCCUUAGUUUCGGUGGCUUCGAAUCCCCGGUCUCAUCAUCAGCAGCAGCCACCACAACGUCGACAGCAAAGCUCAAUGACGCUGAAACUUUGGGUUUCCGUGGCUUCGGAUCCCCUGUAUUGUCAUCAGCAGCAGCCUCAUCAACGGCCACGACGACGGCCAAGCCCAAUGAGACUGGGGCCACAGCUAGUUCACCCUUUCGUAUCGCCCCGUAUCAUCAGCAGCAACCACGGCCACCUUGUGCAUCCUUCGGAUCCCCCGUGUCUUCACCAGCAGCAACCACCACAACGUCAAUCACCAAGACCAAUGAGACUGGAACCCUUAGUUUCCGUGGCUUCGAAUCCCCGGUCUCAUCAUCAGCAGCAGCCACCACAACGUCGACAGCAAAGCUCAAUGACGCUGAAACUUUGGGUUUCCGUGGCUUCGGAUCCCCUGUAUUAUCAUCAGCAGCAGCCUCAUCAACGGCCACGACGACGGCCAAGCCCAAUGAGACUGGGGCCACAGCUAGUUCACCUUUCGGAUCGCCCGUGUCAUCAUCAGCAGCAGCCACCACAACGUCGACCACCAAGCCCACUGGAUCUGGAACAAUAGCUUGUGCACCCUUCGGAUCCCCCGUAUCAUCAUCAUCAGCAGCCACCACAACGUCAACAGCAAAGCCCAAUGGGUCUGGAACCUUUAGUUUCGGUGGCUUCGGAUCCUUCGUAUCAUCAUCAGCAGCAACCACCACAACGUCGACAGCAAAGCUCAAUGACGCUGAAACUUUGGGUUUCCGUGGCUUCGGAUCCCCUGUAUUAUCAUCAGCAGCAGCCUCAUCAACGGCCACGACGACGGCCAAGCCCAAUGAGACUGGGGCCACAGCUAGUUCACCUUUCGGAUCGCCCGUGUCAUCAUCAGCAGCAGCCACCACAACGUCGACCACCAAGCCCACUGGAUCUGGAACAAUAGCUUGUGCAUCCUUCGGAUCCCCCGUGUCUUCACCAGCAGCAACCACCACAACGUCAAUCACCAAGACCAAUGAGACUGGAACCCUUAGUUUCCGUGGCUUCGAAUCCCCGGUCUCAUCAUCAGCAGCAGCCACCACAACGUCGACAGCAAAGCUCAAUGACGCUGAAACUUUGGGUUUCCGUGGCUUCGGAUCCCCUGUAUUAUCAUCAGCAGCAGCCUCAUCAACGGCCACGACGACGGCCAAGCCCAAUGAGACUGGGGCCACAGCUAGUUCACCUUUCGGAUCGCCCGUGUCAUCAUCAGCAGCAGCCACCACAACGUCGACCACCAAGCCCAAUGAGACUGGGGCCACAGCUUGUGCACCCUUCGGAUCCCCCGUAUCAUCAUCAUCAGCAGCCACCACAACGUCAACAGCAAAGCCCAAUGGGUCUGGAACCUUUAGUUUCGGUGGCUUCGGAUCCUUCGUAUCAUCAUCAGCAGCAACCACCACAACGUCGACAGCAAAGCUCAAUGACGCUGAAACUUUGGGUUUCCGUGGCUUCGGAUCCCCUGUAUUGUCAUCAGCAGCAGCCUCAUCAACGGCCACGACGACGGCCAAGCCCAAUGAGACUGGGGCCACAGCUAGUUCACCUUUCGGAUCGCCCGUGUCAUCAUCAGCAGCAGCCACCACAACGUCGACCACCAAGCCCACUGGAUCUGGAACAAUAGCUUGUGCACCCUUCGGAUCCCCCGUUUCAUCAUCAUCAGCAGCCACCACAACGUCAACAGCAAAGCCCAAUGGGUCUGGAACCUUUAGUUUCGGUGGCUUCGGAUCCUUCGUAUCAUCAUCAGCAGCAGCCACCACAACGUCGACCACCAAGCUCAAUGACACGGCAACUCUAGUGAGGUCUACCACGCGUGAAGCGACAGCCACUACACCCACGGCGGCUCAGGCAUGUGGGUCUGACCCCAAGCCGGUUGCGGCUGCGACAUCAGCGCUUUCAUUUGGCAUUGAGUCUCCUGCUCGCACUACCAAACCCAGGAUGCCUGCCCAACAUGGAUUUGGAACCAAACCUGCCCCUGGCUCUAGCAAAAAUACUUCAGCAAGCAGCACAUUUCCUGCACAAAAGCAUUCUUUUGGUUCACCAAAGCGUACCUUGUUGCCAUCGACUCCAGUCAAUUCUGCUUCUUCAAUUAGCGCAAUAAAAAACACUACCACCACUGCUCCUUUAGAGCCCGUAAGCGCCACUAAUCCGGAAUCGUCACUUUCUUUUACUUCCCCAACCAGUACCGAUGCUGCGCCGAAGGCGUUUGCUGCUUCUAAGAGCAGAUCGUUUGCUUCGUCGCACACGCUACAACCCGGCUCGUCGGGCCCCACAACAGCGACCAGUACGGUCACCGACUCAAACUCAGCCCCAGCCACUACAACCACCACCACAACGACCGUUGAGACUUUUGAGUCGGAUACAACCAUCACAACGAAAACUACGACCACUACUAUUACCACUAUGACUGUCUCCAAGAAACCCGCUAGGACGGCAAGCUCAUCAAACACGGAUUGUUUGGAUGUCGCUUCGAGUUCCCCGCCUCUGCGAUUUGCUUGCCACUGA